AUGAUGAGUUCGGCUAACUUGAGUAGCAACCAUAAUAUUGGGGACCUUGGUGUGAAAGCUUUAAUGAUGGAGCAGGAUCUAGUUCGAAGAACCUUGGAUCAUGGCAAGUACCCCACAUUUGGGUUAGCCACUCGGGAAGAGCCCAAUGCUCUUACUGCAAGGCAUGAAACUGAGAAAAGUAUAAGGCGAGACACUUUAAGGACUCCAAAUAGUGGUGCUGUUGCAAGUAUAUUGGCUCAAGAUAAGUCCCCAAUUUGUGAUUCUCGCCCUUGCUCGAUAUCAUCAAUAUGCCCAGCUCCAAUUUGCCGUCAGUUCUGGAAAGCUGGAAAUUAUGAUGACAACCAUAAUUCAAAGGCCACAUGUCAAAAUGGCACAGGUCAUCUUCGUGUUCACCCCAAAUUUCUUCAUUCUAAUGCUACUUCUCAUAAAUGGGUCUUUGGUGCUAUGGCAGAAAUGAUUGAUAACUCUGUUGAUGAGGUUCGAAAUGGGGCGACGUCUGUAAUUGUUGAUAAAAUAUCGAAUCCGAAAGAUGGAACUCCAGCUUUGUUAAUUCAAGAUGAUGGUGGUGGAAUGGACCCUGAAACAAUGAGGCGUUGCCUCAGUUUUGGGUUUUCCGAUAAGCAGUCCCAAAAUGCUAUUGGAAAGUAUGGAAAUGGGUUCAAGACUAGUUCUAUGCGACUUGGGGCUGAUGUUGUUGUCUUCAGUCGCUGCAAAAGGGACAGGAGAUUGACCCAGAGUGUUGGCCUGCUAUCGUAUACAUUUUUAAUGCGCACAAGGCAAGAUAAAAUAGUGGUUCCUAUGGUUGACUAUCUGUUUGACACAGAUAGUGGCACAUGGAAGGCAUUACACGACGACCAACGGCUUAAGCAAAAUCUUUCUAUCUUGUUGCAGUGGUCUCCAGUUGCCACAGAAGCUGAACUUCUAAAACUAUGCGAUGACAUUGGCCCUAAUGGAACCAAGAUUAUCGUCUAUAAUCUAUGGCAUGAUGAUGAAGGAAAAGUGGAGCUUGAUUUUGAUUCAGAUCCCGAGGAUAUUAGUAUUUCUGGUAAAUAUAAGAAUACUGGAAAAAGUGAACAGCAUCUUGCCAACCGUCUUCACCGUUCUCUGAGGGCAUAUUUAUCUAUUCUAUACUUGCGAAUUCCGGAGAACUUCCGCAUAUUAUUGCGUGGGCGAGAUGUCGAGUAUCAUAAUAUUGCAGGUGAUCUCAAAUUUCCGGAGUUCAUAUUGUACAGACCUCACAAUGUGGAGGGUUCAGUCAUCACGACAAUUGGGUUCUUGAAGGAAGCUCCAGCAGUGAAUGUACACGGUUUUAAUGUCUACCACAAGAACAGAUUGAUAUUGCCGUUUUGGCAUGUUGUAAGCUAUAGUCACAGCAGAGGCAAAGGGGUUGUUGGUGUUUUAGAAGCAAAUUUUAUCGAGCCUACCCACAACAAACAGGACUUUGAGAAAACUCCAGUUUACCAGAAGCUCGAAGCCCGCCUGAAAGCAAUGACACUAGAAUACUGGGAUUAUCACUGUGGGCUUGUUGGCUAUUAUCAAGCUCACAAAUCUCGAGGAUUAAAGCUGCCUCAGGAUACUUCCAAUUCUGGACCAGGCCAAGGCAUUUAUCAACCUGUUGUUCUGGGUCAAGACUCAGGUGCUUCUGGUCGAAAAGCAUCUUUUGUUGCAGCUAAAAAUAGUCCACAUGAAGUAGUAAGUGGCUCGUCCCAUCACAUGGCACCGAACUCCGAAAGGCAUUCUUCGCCCAUUGCUCAAGAUAAUACACAGGUAGAGACUUUCAAAAGGAAACACAGAGGACAUGACGAUGCUGCAGAUCUUGUAAGUGUUGAGAGGAGAGGACUCGAAUAUUCUGGUGGAGAUAAACAGCUUCCUGUUGAUCCUGAAAAGCAGUCAGAAAACCAAGAAGGUGCUAGUAUGAUUCGAGAAAACAAAAGGCUCCGCUCUCUGUGCCAGGAGUAUGAGAGCACAGACAAAGAACUCGAUUUCAAGAUAACAUCCCUCGAAAAUGAAGUACGAGAAGCCGAACGAGAGUGCACUCGCAUCUCUCCGCACAUAAAGGUGGCAAUCACGCGAGCCAUCGGACCCGGCAGGUCGUCGGGCCUCAAAACAUGGACCUAG